UUCAUACAUCUAAAUAAUUAGAUUACAUAGUGAUAUAUAGGUCUUGCUUUAAACAGCUUUCCCUGGCUAUCCGAUGUUUUUGCACAAGGGAAUGGUUUCUCCGUAUUAUGCAAUGGACAUGUUUUUUGGUGCCUGCUCGAUCCUGGUCGCUGGCAUGAGUGCCAUUAGCUUCCAGGGUUCCUUCAUGGUACUUUGUAAGCAUUCCUGUGCAUUGGUCCAAGUGUUAUGCCUACUGUUGGAGAGAUCCACGUCAACUCAGGUUCCAAAACCGCAACGUAUGGAAUAUUUGCGAUACUGCAUAGUGCAACAUCAACGCACUCUUGAGUUUAUCAGCGAGGUCAAUCGGCUUUUUAGACACAUUUGUCUCUCCCAAUUUCUUCAUGGUCUGGCAAUUUACGGCUUUGUGCUCUUCGAGAUGAACUUCGGCUUGAAAUCAAAUAAAAUUACUUUUAUUCGCAUGUUAAUGUAUUUAUGUGCCGCUACAUCAUGUGAUUGCAUGCACUACGUCAACGGACAGUUCCUGGCCAACGAGCUGCAAAAGGUUCCGUUAGCUUGUUAUAGCUGUGAGUGGUACCACGAAACAGAUGCCUUCAAGAAGACAUUGAGAAUGAUCAUUAUGCGCUCAAAUAAAGAAUUCUAUUUCCAAAUAUCCUGGUUCACGGUAAUGUCCUUGGCUACAUUGAUGGGUAUAUUCAAAGCGAGCGGAUCUUAUUUUAUAUUACUUCGAGAUAUUGACGAACCCUAAAGCGGUUUUAAACGAAAUACAAAUUCUAUGCUUCAUAUUUUUAACCAAUGCGUUUGUUUAAGUAAUAAUAAAAUUCAUAUAUAUGUAUAUAAAAA